AUGAGGUUUAGAUCCCGACAUCAAGUGGAUAAACCGAACGUUAUAGUGACACAAAGCAAUAGAAAGAAUGAGGAUCGAUUGGGUGAAGAUGCUUCCCUGAAAGCUGCUCAGGCAAUGUUCAAGAAACAUACUGUGAGCCAAGGGUUUGCAGUAUCGGAUGCACCAGGGACAAAACUAUCUUUACCCAAUUCAGGGCAUGGUACGCCGGCACAUAACGUCCAGGCUAUGGCAAGGUCCUCUUCUUCAUCCUCUGCAACUUCUACUCCGAUAAACAUUAUUAGAAGAAGUCCGAGAUCUAGUUUAAAGGGCAAACCGAUGGGCGGAUUAUCUGUUUCCCCACGGACUGUCGAAGGUAAUGCAGCGUUAUCGCAGCAAGCUGCGGCUGUAGCAUUGGAGAAUGAAAUUAGUGGUGAUGAGUCUAUUGUUUUGGUUCCAGCUGGAAACUCAAAUGGGAGUAUGACGCGGAGUAAUAGCAGCAUUAAUGCAAUUCGAAUCGUUCCAGGUGGUGGGUUGUCAUCUUCUCGUAGCUCAUCGAAAGUGUCAAUAGUCAAAAAUUCACCGACUCAUUCUCUGGCGCUUGCUGAUAAAUUAAACUCGAUAACUUUGGAAAGCGUUUAUGGAAAACCUAGUACUGCUACUGGGACUGCUACUAGGACGUUGGCCGGGCGUAAGGCGCCUCCAGCUGCUUUUAUAGACCAGGAUUCCGUUCUUUCGAAUGAUAAACAUAGUGAAAAUGAAGACACACCUAUCAAGGGCACUAUCUCUUAUGACACUACGGCAAGAAUGAAUGUUCCUGUGACUUAUGAGGGUACACUCCCAGAUCUUAUACCAGGUCAUCAGAGACACAAAAAGAAGAAAUGGCGUAACAUUUUUGGAUCAAGCGCUACGCAUGGCAGCUCCGCUGGAGGUGCUAUAGGGAUAAAUGGCACCUCUGCAUCUGGAAAUGAUCAAUAUGAAAAUCCAAGUGGUACUUUAUCUGAGUUACAGUUGAAUCGGGCAGAAGAUAAUCUUAUUGUGAAAAGCGUCAAUCCAACGCAAAAGACUAGGCUUCAAACCACAUUGAGAUCUAAUGAUUACGAUAGAAAUUCAGAAUUGGCUGCUGUCGCUGGAGGAUAUUCUUCGGAUGAAUCUGCAUUCUCAUCUGACUCAGAUCGGGAAUUGCAUUAUGCUACAGAUAAUCAUCACAAUAACAGCAUCAACAAUCAUUCCAGUGGCGUCUAUUACGGCAACGUUGGUGGUAAUGGUGUUUAUAAUGGGGGUACGGCUGGUGUAGGAAGAACAAAACACAGGGCAAUGGUACGAUCUCACAAGCGCAAAUCUUUCAAUGAGGACAAGCCGUGGAAGUCUCAUGUGGAUAUUGGAUACAUCAGUGAAAGAGAACGGAAAAGAUACGAGGGAAUUUGGGUCACCAACAGAAACAGUUAUUUGGAACUUCUACCAUGGUGGAAUCAGCCGCUACAGGAUGAAGAGCAAGAACAGGAACAGGAACGAGAAAUGGAUCAUGAAUCACAACAUGGACUAGAAGAAGAAUUAGAAGAAGAACGGGAACAAGAAUCGGGACAAGGCCAAGAACAGGAUGCAGAUAUUCCGGAAGAUGGAUUGAUGUUGAACCUUAUUGUAAUGGAAAUUUGGUCCAGAAGUAACCUUUCGAAUCAGUUGCUAGGUCAAAUUUAUGAUAAAGUGGAUACGAGACACGAUGGUACCUUGAACCGACAAUCUUUUCUCACGGGAAUGUGGUUAGUGGAUCAAUGUCUCUAUGGACGAAAGCUUCCGAAACAAAUAGAUCAACGGGUCUGGGACAGUGUCGACAAGUUUGUCAUCAGUAUUCCGAACAAUAAUCCGCAUCAUCGUCACAGAAGAAGGAAGAAAAUGCUUAGGAAAGAAUUGAAAACCAUUAAGAAGGACCUUAAAACUUGA